AUGGGCUCGAUAAGUGGGCAUCCCAACCGGCCUAGUGCACCACAGGUGCAUCCAGCCACUUCGGCCGCCCCGUACGUAGGAGCGACGUCCACCAUUGGUGGAUAUCAGCUGCCUCUACUGGGUGCGCCGAGCCAGGUAGUGGCGAGCCCUGACCACACCAAUCUCCGAGACAGUCUCGGGAUCAGCAUGAUCCUGAGCAUAUUCGACAAGUGUCUGGGUGAGGACCCCGACGAACCACUACCGCCAUACCUCAAGCAGAUCAAACUGAAGGCACCCAACCCUUUCGAUGGAAAGGACGACAGUGAUGCCUUCAACGUCUGGCUAGAGAAUCUCUUGUCCUAUCUGGACACCCUCAGCCUGAGGGGACCGGACUUGGAUAUUCAGAGAAUAUCCUUCACCCGUCAGUGCUUGACGGGUGAAGCAGCAGUCUGGUAUCAGCAGACGGUUACGUUGCCGAUAUGGCCAGUAGAUAGGCCCAUGUCACACCUCGAGUCCAUCAUAGGACUAUACCGCCGUUUCAUCCUAACGGAUCAGUUCGCUGUAGCAGCGCGCGAGUUUGCGAGCGUUUGA